CGUCGGCAACAGUAUAAUCUAUACAACAACAAACAACGUGUUAAACGCCGUUCCCGUGCGGAACCGUCUUAUACCUACCGUAGUAGGGUAGUAGUAGUGCGUGGUCCGUGUGUGUAGUAUUAUCAUUAGUGGGUCUCUUAUUAAAAAAUUUAAUAUUAAUAAAAAUUUUCAAGUUAAUAAAAGAGCGGUGUUUAUUAUGCCGACAUUGACAGCCGGGACACUGACUUGUGGUCGAUGAACGUCGUUUGUGUUGUCGUCAGUUCUAUCUUCAGCGCCUCUCGCUCCGUCUCACUCUGUAAUCAUUGCGAUGAUACUACAACUGAUAUCGCGGCCGCCGAUGCCGCUGAUAUUCUUUUAUUGAUAACUAGCCGACUAGUAUAAACAACAACAACGCCGUCGUAUCCAACACCGGAACGAACGACGGCGUCUUUUUACCAACCAGUAUACCCGUAAUCGUACAGAAUAUUAUCAUAAAGUAGAUUAUUGUUCUAGUUAUUUGUCGUAUUAUAGAAGUAAUAUAAUUGUAGUUAUAAUUAACGUUGGCGUAAUUACCGCGGAAAGCGGCCAACCGCGUUAUCCAAAAACCGGAAACGUCUACUGAUAAAAGUUGCCAGUGUUUUUUUGUUAAAAAUAAUCAUAUAUUUCUACAAUUUCAAAAACUUUUUGAGUUAUAUAAUGACUGCAAACAUGUAUAGAGUUGGAGACUAUGUGUAUUUUGAAACAUCUAAUGGAUCACCAUUUCAAAUUAGACGCAUUGAAGAACUGAACAAAACUGCCAAUGGAAAUGUUGAAGCAAAAGUUAUGUGUUUUUUUCGUCGAUGUGAUCUUCCUAGUACAUUAAUUGUUUUAGCUGAUAAACAUCAACAAGUGGCAUCCUCUACAUUAGAUGAUUGCCGUGGGAUCAAAAAAAAUUCUGUCAUGUCUAUUAAACCUGGAAAAGAUGGUAGUACACAACAACAAGAUUCAGUAAAAGAUUCCAAUUCGAAUGAAAAUGAUGAAAAUCCUGUUGCUAUGGAUUGUACUUCUGCUACUGAUGGUGAAGAAACUAAGGGAUACCUUACAACUCUAAGUGAAAAUGAUAGCAAUAUAAAGAAAAUAGAUGCACCUAAUUCUUUAUUACAACAUAGACUGAAGCAAAGAGAAUUAUUUUUAUCAAGACAGGUAGAAACUUUACCAGCUACUCACAUUAGAGGGAAAUGUUUUGUAACUCUUUACAAUGAAACGGAGUCAUUUGAGAGCUAUUUAAAUAAAGAGGAUACAUUUUUCUAUUGUUUAGUAUUUGAUCCUAAUCAAAAGACCUUAUUAGCUGAUAAAGGGGAAAUUCGAGUUGGUCAUAAAUAUCAAGUAGAAAACCUACCUACACCAAAUAGCAGUAAAAUUAAUACUAAUAAUGCUACAAAUGAUUGUUGUGAAAAUAAUGGAGUUAUUGAAAAAUCUGAUAAUGAUAAUAGAGAUAUUGCUGAAUUAGAAACUCUUGUUUGGACUUCAGCUCAUCAAUUAACUGAUCGUCAAAUUGACCAAUUUUUAGUUAUAUCUAGAUCAUUAGGAACAUUUGCUCGGGCUUUAGAUUGUUCAAGUUCUGUGAAACAACCUAGUUUGCAUAUGUCAGCAGCUGCAGCUUCUAGAGAUAUAACAUUGUUUCAUGCUAUGGAUACUUUACAUAGGCACGGGUAUGAUUUGGGAGCUGCUACCUGCUCUUUAGUACCUAGUACUGGUCCAGUAUUAUGUCGUGAUGAAAUGGAAGAAUGGUCAGCCAGUGAAGCCAAUUUAUUUGAAGAAGCUUUAGAAAAAUAUGGCAAAGAUUUUAGCGAUAUCCGUCAUGAUUUUCUACCAUGGAAAACUCAAAAGAAUAUUGUUGAAUAUUAUUAUAUGUGGAAAACUACUGAUAGAUAUGUUCAACAAAAGCGUGUUAAAGCUGUUGAAGCAGAAUCAAAAUUAAAACAAGUGUAUAUACCUAAUUAUAAUAAUAAUAAUAAAAAUCAGCAAAUUACUGGCUCUAGUACUGCAGCAAUUAAAUCUUCAGCCCAUCAUAAUCAAAUGGUUAAUGGAAAUUCAAAUGCCUUAGAAUUAUAUGGUUCUGCUGGUAAAAAUUCAAGUGGAAUAUCAACACCUGGCCAAUGUGAUUCUUGCGACGCUACUAUGUCUACACAAUGGUACCCUUGGUCCAACAGUAAUAGUAAUGGAAUAGGUAGCACAUUUUUGUCUACUGUAACAUUGUGUCAUGACUGUUGGACAUAUUGGAAAAAAUAUGGAGGACUUAAAUCUAAUGGUGGUAAUAUUAGUAAAAAAUCUGCUACAAUUACCAACUCAGGGAGCAUAUCUGGCGAUGAAGAUAGACCUCUGUCAAAUGCUUCUGCAACAUCAUUAGUAAUGAAUCAAAACAAUCAAAGUGGGGGAUCUGGAAACAACCCAAAAUCUAUUCAACAACAGUUGUAUACAGCUCCGCACAGAUGUACAAUAAUAGGGUGUGGCAAGGAAUUUAAGGUUAAAGCUCAACUCUUAAGACAUUAUAGUGGCGCUCAUGGUAUAGGUAUACGUGGAGAUUUAGUUGUACCUGGACCUGGUGGUACACAACCACAAGUACAACAACAACCUCAGACAUUGCAACAACAUCAAAAUCAUUUGUUGAGUGGUAGUGCUGGUGUGAAUCUUUCUCAACAACAACAAGGCAUCAAUUUUGGUGUUUCAAGUGGACAAAAUGCUGCUUCAAAUCAACAAACUGGUGGUGGAGUUGGAGGUCGCCCAGUAAUGAAAACACGAACAGCUUUUUAUCUAAGAUCUACACCAUUAGCUAAAGCUGCUAGAAAAGCUUGUUCUUUGCAUAAAAUACCUGGUAGUGUUACUACUGGUAAUGCUCGUCCACAGAGAGCAUUAAGACCAAGACAUGUAGCACGAUCACCUUUCUCUUCAAUACCUGUUGCACACACUGUAAAACAAGAAUGUCAAUUGCAAUUACAAAAUAAAACAAAUGCAGAAUUGAAAGCUUACUUAAAAUCAUUAUCUGGAAGUACUGGACCAAGAGUUCGACAAGGUGUCACUAUGGUCGCUAAUGCUUUGGCAGCAUCACGAAAUAGAGAACUUACAGUUCCUGAGUGGUUGCGUAUUGGAGGUCAAACCCAUAAACAAAAUAAAUAUUUGGCAUUUCCAAAACCACCUAAAGCACCAGACGGAAGCUUGAUGUAUGAAAGAGUUCCAAACAAAGAACAAUUAUUACAUAUUCAACAACAGCAAUUGCAACAGGGUGGUGGAUUUAUUGAUCUGUACAAUACUAAUUCAAAAAGACGAAAUUAUGAAGAAUCUAAUGGAGUGGUUCCUCAAGCUGGACCUCCUUCAAAGCGUAUGCAUAGAACAUCUUCUAAUAAUUCAGUUCAACCUUCUUCAUUAACUAAUGCUACUGAUAGUUCUACUCAAAGAUCUAGCACAAAUACUAAUGUUUCACCCUCUUCAGCACAAGCUUCAGCAGCUCAACAACUAUUUAACAGCGGAGUACCAUCUAAUUCAGCAGCAGCUGUUGCUGCAGCUAUUAAUCAUUUGUCUCACAAUCCCUUGUUGGCUCAAUUAGGAGCAACCUCAGGGUCUGGCACUAAUCAAGCACAAAAUCAACAACAAUUGCUCAAUGGUACUGGGGUUCCUACGGGAGCUACAACCCAAUGUACUAAGUUACCAACAAUUGGCAGAACACCAUCCAUGCAGAGAACUGGGCGUAAACAUGUUAUAUCUUGGACUGAUGCACCAGAUGACCUUUACUACCUUUCAAAUUCUUACUCAAAAACAUGUAGGAAACAAAUGACUGGUAAAGAGUUACGACGUGCAGCACGAAAACCUUGGCGACCUAUUCAAAUAGUUCCAGGAGUUAAUAGAGCUGGAGGUCCACCCACGUCUAAUGCAGCAAUGUGUUUAGCUAUGCCACCAUCUGUGCAUCAACAACCGCCUACAAUAGCAGAUGCUAUUAGUACUCUUGGUAAUCGCCCCAUUAUAACAGCUUCAAGUUUGGGAGCUGUUCCUUCAAUAAUACCUCCUGUUGGAAUCUUACCACCCACUUCUGCUACACCACCUGGAUUGGUACCUUCUAGUGCUAGCGUAUUGGCUGCAGCAGGAUUGAUGCAACAACAACACACAACUGCAAUUAAAGAUUUUUUGGCACGAGCUGGUGGUGGAAGUGGGCACUAA